AUGGCUGCACUUAUAUCCAACCCUACAGUGAGGAAAGACGGGCUGCCAGAUGCAAGCGCGGAACCAUUGAGCGUGGUCGAGUCCCCAGCCUCUGGCACGGCUUUGGCACGAUUCGAAUUCGAGACGGAUAAGGGCAACGAGGGGACCAAGAUCCUCAUGGUGGAAUGGGAUGCAACCUCGGAGGCGACGGACAGCAGAGAGACGGAGGACUGGCAGGUCUCAUGGGAAGGAAAGACCACUGUGCUCCCGAUCCGAGACCCAGACUCGUCCGAGGGUGGCUCGUCAAACCGCCGCGUCUACUUCCUGCUGCCGCCGGGUGCUCCGAUACCGCCGCUGGUGACCAUUUCCAGGACCGGGGCUGGGGCCGCCUCGGACCCGCUGCGAACCAAGCCCCUGCCUGCAAUCUUCCAUCCGGCCCUGCUCGGUGCAGAGGCCAGGCAGGAGGUCGGGCUGCGGGGCGUGCUUCACACCAUCUGGGCCAAGAAGCGGCUAGUGGAGCUGCAGGCCGAGAUAGACCGGGAAGCCAAGUCCAACGGGGAGAGCGUCGGGCUAGAGAUGGCGCUGCAGGAGAAGAACUGGAUAGUGGAACACUUUGGCCUGUCUGAGUCGUAUGCGCCCAAGCAGCAGGCCGCGCCUCUCAGCCCUUCGAGUCCGACAAGUCCAAGGUCCCCGAUUGGAGGAAAGCUGGGUGAGAAGUUGAAGGGGUUAAAGCUUGCAACUUCUCCUACGGAGCUGGCUGCUGCUUCCCAACUUUCGAAAGCUCAAGUCUCGUCACUGUCUCCUCAAGCAGCGGACGUGGCAGUACCAUCAUUUUUGGCUUUCCAGGGACGUGGGCCACCUGACAGGGCGACCGGUACCGGUAACAUGGCUAAUAACUCUGGUGUUGCGUCUCUCGAUGCAAUGAUCGGGGGAGGACCGGGUGCACCCACCGCCGGCUUUAAUAACGCUGGUGAUACGGAAGAGGAACUGUUUGCCCUACCGAUGAGCCCAAGGAGUCCCGAGAUGAAGAGGAGCCCCUUCAGCAUGCUCUGA